UCGCCGUCCCUUCUUUUACUCUGCCGUGUUCUGAUUUUACAAAGCCCGGUUAGAUUCAGUCUGGCUGCUAAUAUUUUUUCACAGUAACAGCAAAAGCUCGAUAUUCUGCUCGGUCCUUGUCUGAAAAAUGGCUUUCGCUUCGUUUAUCGGAAGAGUCAUGUUCGCAUCGGUUUUCAUUCUAUCGGCCUGGCAAGAGUAAAGCUCUAAACACAUCUUCAGAUCUGCUCGUUUAUUCAACUUCGCCAUUCUGCGUUUUCUUUUUCUUUCUCUUUUUUUUUUUUUGUUUUUGCCUUUUGAGUAAGCGUGUAAGGAGGGAAAUUUUGAAUUUUAGAUACAUGUUCAAUGAUUUUGGCAUUGAUGGUGGGCCUGCAUCCAAGGUAUUGGAACCAAAGUUAAACGUCUUCUCAAAGCACGUGAAAACUCAUACUGGGGUGCAAGUUCCAGAAGUUGAAAUCAAGUAUCUAGUUGCUGCUGCUAUUGCACUGAAGGGUGUGGGAGGCCUUCUUUUCAUCAUUGGAAGUUCUCUUGGAGCAUACCUUUUGCUUCUGCAUCAGGCUAUUGCUACCCCUAUAUUAUAUGAUUUCUACAACUACGAUGCUGACAAGAAGGAAUUCGGUCAAAUCUUUUCAAAGUUCACAGAGAGCUUGGCACUUUUUGGGGCUUUGCUGUUUUUCAUUGGCAUGAAGAACUCAAUGCCAAGGAGACAAGUGAAGAAAAAGGCUCCCAAAACCAAAACUUUCUAGUUUUGCAGUUGAUCUGACUCUGCCGGGUUGAGUCCAGUAUCUAGUUUUGUAUGCUUCAUGUUUGUACCAGGGUUUUUUGGAUUUAAAGUUUAGGUGAAAAUGUGAUUUACAACUCACUUUGAGGAUGUGAUAGUGUUUAUUGCCAAGCCAAUUUAUUGUUAUUGAACUGAA